GUAAUUUAAUUUUUUUAAAUAAUUAAAGCCUAAUUAAAAUAUUUUAUUUUGAUUUAUCUUAGACAAAACUUCUUUCUUUAUAAUUUGGAUAUGUAAUAUUGGUGAUUAGUUUAUUCAUGGUGGCCAGUGGUUUAUACAACGUUAGUGGUGAAACCGUUAUAUUGUUAAACUGUAAACGAUGACAUGAAACCAUCGAGGAAAUGCAGUUACAGCGAACACUUUCAUAACUUUUUUCGUAGUUUCCAUUGCAGAAAACUCUCGUUUACAAGCAAUACGACUAACCCUGGAACACCACCAGUUCCUGGAAAGGCCAAUUGGGUUUAUACAGAAGCAACCCAAGUGUCGACUUUGCGAGAACUCUUGCAGAGUUGCGCAAGGAAUAGGGCAGCCACGGGAGGAAAGGCUUGCCAUGGCCAGAUUGUCCGGGUUGGACUGCAAGCAGACACUUUAAUAUCGAACAUGCUGAUAAACAUGUAUUCAAAAUGCGGCUUGGUUGAAUGUGCUCGCAACGUGUUUGAUGAAAUGCCUGUACGAAGUCUAAUUUCGUGGAAUACCAUGAUUGGUUCGUGCACCCAGAAUGGGGAUGGAGGGGAAUCUCUUGGUCUCUUCGUGUGUAUGCAAAGGGAAGGAGCCCGGUUUAGCGAAUUCACCAUUUCUGGUGUGCUCUGCGCUUGUGCCGCAAAGUGUGCUGUUCUUGAAUGCAAGCAAUUGCAUGCUUUUGCUCUCAAGGCAGCAAUGGAUUCAAACAUGUUUGUUGCCACUGCAUUACUUGGUGUUUAUGCGAAAAGUAGUUUCAUUGAGGAUGCUUCUAGGAUUUUUGAGUGCAUGCCUGAGAGGAGUGCUGUCACAUGGAGUUCGAUGAUUGCAGCGUACGUUCAAAAUGAUCUUUAUGAGGAGGCCUUGGUUUUGUUUCAAAGAGCGCAAACAAUAGGAUUGGAAAACAACCAGUUUUCAAUGUCUUCUGUUGUAUCUGCUUGUGCAAAUUUGGCUGCUCUUAUUGAAGGGAGCCAGAUGCAUGCUGUCAUACUCAAAUCUGGUCUUGAGUCAAACAUUUUCGUGGCUUCCUCUCUCAUAGAAUUGUAUGCAAAGUGUGGAAUUAUUAGAGAAGCUUAUACUGUAUUUUCCAGUGUAGAAGAGAAGAAUGUUGUUUUAUGGAAUGCAAUGAUUUCUGGGUUUUCAAAACAUGCUUGCUGUAUUGAGGCUAUGAUUUCAUUUGAGAAAAUGCAGCAGAUGGGUAUUUGCCCAAAUGAAAUAACCUACGUUUCUGUCUUAUCUGUAUGUGGUCAUAUGGGUUUGGUUGAAAAGGGAUGGAGGUAUUUUGACAUGAUGAGAAAAGAGCACAAUUUAUCACCCAAUGUUCUUCACUAUUCAUGCAUGGCUGAUGUUCUUGGCCGGGCAGGACUUAUUUGUGAAGCUAGGCAUUUGUUGGAGAGGAUGCCAUUUGAUGCCACUGCUUCCAUGUGGGGUUCACUUUUGUCCUCAUGCAGGAUCCAUGGGAAUACUGAGAUAGCUGAAGUAGCAGCUAGACAUCUGUUUGAGAUCGAACCCAAUAAUGCAGGAAAUCAUGUAUUGCUUUCUAACACCUAUGCAGCAACCAAAAAAUGGGAUGAAGUUGCAAGGACAAGGAAGCUCCUAAAAGACAGUGAGGCAAAGAAGGAGAGAGGAAAGAGUUGGAUUGAAGUCAAAAACAAGGUUCACAUAUUUAUGGUUGGGGAAAGAAGCCAUCCUAGAAUUGCCAAAAUUUAUUCAAGGCUAGAAGAUUUGCUAGAAGAAAUGAAAAAGCUAGAUUAUAAAGUCUGUACUGAAUAUGACCUGCAUGAUGUGGAAGAAAUCAGAAAACAAGAACUCCUCAGGCACCAUAGUGAGAAGCUGGCCCUUACUUUUGGGCUAAUGAGCUUACCUAGUUGUGCUCCUAUUAGAAUCAUGAAGAAUCUUAGGAUAUGUGGGGAUUGCCAUACCUUUAUGAAGCUUGCAUCAAAGAUUACAGCAAGGGAAAUAAUUAUCAGGGACACUAACCGAUUUCACCAUUUCCAGAAUGGGGUUUGUUCCUGUGGGGAUUUCUGGUGAUAUGCUUGCUAUUUAGUUGGCAUUUGCUGUCAUUUGAUGUUCUGCAACUGUUUAUGAACUCUGUACUCCAUCAACCCCCACAGAAUCAGCUUUGUUUAUCAUUACGCAGCUUCAGAUGUUAGAACAAUUCCUUGUCAGAGUAGGCUGAGAUCUGCUUUGUAUUAACAGAAUAUAUUGCUUUAGCAUACCAAUAUCUUUGGUAGAGGAGUUUUAAGAUGCUAUGCUUAGAAUCAAAGAGGGGAGACUCAAUUUAUGUUGUUCAUGCUAUAAUAUGCUAGUUGGCGUUCUUCUAGUAGUAAGUCUUAGUUGUCCAGAAGUUGUACGCCUGUUGGACCAUGGGCACCAGCAGAGCAGCAGGCAACAGGUAUAUUUUUGUCUUAGUCUCUUAAGUCUGCAUGAUGAACAUAAAAUGAUUUUACAAGCAUAUGCAGUUUUAAUUAUCUUCUUAUUUUUCUUGUUUUCUCUGCUGCAAAAUAUGAACCUUGACCACAAACUUAUAUGCUCUGGGUCUCAGAGUCCAGGUUUAUUUGCAUGAUAAGGUUUUGGAGGAAUACCAAGUGAUAAUGCUUGUGAUUAGGAUUUCCAUGGGGUUAGAUUUGAAUUAUUAGUUAUCUAGCUGACCCCACCUAAUGGGAUUAAGGCUUGUGAUUGUUGUUGUUAGAUUAUAUCUAUCCCAUCGUUUCUUUAUGAGGGAUAAGGGAGAGAAAAAAUUAGAGCCAUGGGGUUCAAAUUGGAGAUAACAGAGGGGUAGGAUCACUAGUAUUCCAUCUGCCGAAGUCCCAAAUGUAAUUGCUGAUCCCUCGUUUUGGAGGAUUAGUAAUUCAGUACCAGACUGUAAGUCAUGAGCCUAUCUAUUCAGAGAAGGAUUUAUCAUUUUAGCAAAACACCAUUUAUUGUGGAGGCAUACUUUAUGUGGAAACUAUUUGGACUUCUGAUUUCACUUUGUCUGUCAAACAACCUUUUGGUCCAUAAGCUGAUGCUCAAGAAUUUGCUAAUCCUGUGAUUAUUUCUACAAUAACAACAAUGUAUCAAAAUCUAACCUGCAAUUAUUUCUAUGAAAAGAAAAUUGCUUCAUUGUUGAAACUAAAAUUUUCAUGGUUUUUCCUCCUCUAGAGCACCUUUACUUUGCUGGUUAGGCCCUUCAUUUUCUUGAAGCAAGUGCUUAAGACUGAUUUUAUUGAUUGUUUCCUAGAAAUGAAUUAAAUAACCUUUUACUUUGCAGAUUCAACCUUUAUUUUUUUUUAAAACUAAUGGCCAAGAUUAUGCCAUCUUAUGAUUGUCUCCUAGAAACGAUUUAAACAACCUUUAUCUGGUCCAGUCUUCAUGGAAAAAUGGUCAGUCAACCUAUUGAAGAGCCUGACUUAGUACGAAAGGGCUUCCAGUAAGAACAGCUUUAUCACCUUUUCUUGUCUGAUCUCUGGAAAAGGCAUACUUAUCGGACAUUGAAAACCAUUUGAACAAUUAUUUUUGUUCCCAGUCCUUCAUGUAAAUCUGCCCAUGUAAGAACCUUGACUUUAUUUAUCACACAUUUGUUUCUAUUGUUUCCCAUCUUUAUUUUUCUCUCUAUGCUAUUAGGGAAGGAUUUUUCUUAGUAGUAUCUAGCUGGCAGUGGAAAAUUUGACCAUAAGUUUUAUUAGAGAUCCUGGCUUCACCUCCUUUGGUGACAAAUUUUGGCAUGUUAAGCUUCCAACUAAAGGACUUCUUUUUGCUUGAAAAGCUUUUCAUAGCAUUUUGCUGGCAAUGCUUUUCAUUAUAAGUCCAUAAUAUAUAAAUGAGGGCAUAACUAUGCAAGCCAAAAAAAACUUUGAUGAAUUAUGGAAAAGGAUAACUAUUCAUCCUAUUCUUAUAGUAAUUAGAAUAAAAGGAAGAAUUCAUAUAGCAUUUGGAAUUUUACCAUAGAAGUAGUAAAAAUGUUUAGUUUGAUCCUUUUUCUUGUUGGUUAUUGGUGAAAGUAAAAGUGAUAAUACAAAAAUAUAAAGUUAACUCUCUAUCUACCAGCUUAAGCUUUUUGAUGAGAUGGUGGUUAACAAUUCAAUACGGUAUCAAAGCAGGUAAAGGUCUUGAGUUCAAAUCUCACUACUCACUUAAUAUUUAAAUUGUUGCAUGUGUUUGGACUAAUAUGUAGUGAAGCCUAGCUACACAUGAGGGGUGUGUUGAACGUAAAAAUGAUAAUAUACAAAAUAAAGUUAACCCUUUAUUUAACAACUUAAGCUUUUAAAUAAAAUGUUCCCAAUGAAAAAAAGUUCAUCUAAGACUGUACAUAAAUAGGUUUAUGCAAUGCAAAUAUUAAAUCUUCCGCUGGGUGUAGUUAAAGGUAUUGGUUUAGGCAUUUUUGUUUCAAUUUGAAAAAUUUUACUCAUUUUUAGGCAUUUGUUUGAAAAAAAAGUAAAAUAUUAUGUAUAUUUUUAGUUUUUCUUUUUUUUGGUUAGGUAUAUGUAUAUUUUAGUUUCAAUAUUGUUAUUUUUUGAGCCUAGAAAAUGAUGCAUGAUUUUGGAUAAAUUCCAUUCAAUGUAUUGUGGUCUGGAUCCAAUGAUACCGUUCAUGAAUUUUGUUCAAAUUUAGUAAUGUAAUCAUGACAGACGGUUGGUUAUUUUAUUACCAAAAUUUGAAUAGAUGACGACAAAUUGUCAUUUAUUCUUAUCUUUGUUUUUGAAUUUUGAAUUGUUGGCACAAACUAGAUAUCGGGCUCUUCUAUAAAUUCGUGAAAUGUUAGAAGGCCAUUGUUCAUUGCUCAUUUUGGUUUUCUGAGAAGAUGGCCUUCAAUCUGAGGAAUCAUCCAAAAUUCAGGGUGCCUUCCCCAGACACCCAAUCAGAAGAGAACCUGAGUGGUCUUACUGAGGAAGAGGCCAACACUGGUCUCGAUCUUAAUCUUCCUCCACCAGGAUUUGUUUCCUUCUUUGAUCCUCCCUCAAAUGUGAAGUAUGGCAAGGUAAAAUUAUUAUCUUCAAUUGUUAUGAGUAAUUGUCUUAAUUUCAUUCUUGUCACUUUAUUUUGUAAUCACCUUCCUUUUUGAGGGAGGAGCUCGAACCUUUUUCUUUCUUGCGAAAGCUUGAACUAUAAUUUACCUAAAUCUUAUUUCUUUGAAGGCAAUACAUAUGAAUUUUUUCUUAGAAUAUAUGAAGAAAUUAUCUUCUGAUAUGAUAAAUUGGUUUUUGGCUUUUAGACCUUAAUUGUAUAAUCCUCUGCACAUUAGUUUUAUAAUUUCAUAGUUGUUUUGCAUCAAGGGUGAAGAUAUAUGUUCUUUGCUACCCACUUAAAAAUUAGAAUUAACUUCUACAAAGACACAAAAUCAUAGUUAGAUUUAAUAUCUCAAUUUGGGACAAUCAUGUUUGUUUAAAUUACUUGAGUAACAAGUAUGUUUAUUUCUGUACAUGUUGUCAAAAUCAAAAGUUUAAAAACUAUUGCUUCUUGCUGGGAAUGAUAUUGUUUAUUAAACUAUUAUCGGUUUUUUUUUUUUUCAUUUUUUUCUUUUUACUGUUUCUGCUCAAACAUAUUGAUUUGCUGUCAAAACGAAGUCAGAAAAGCAAAUGCAGGGAUCCAAGUCGACCUUGUCGGAAUUAUUUAAAUGUCUUUGCACUCUAUAUAAUGAAGUAGUAAUUAAUGCUUUCAAAUUUUUGUUUAAGACAUGCACUAGCGAAGUUCCCGCCUGAGUUUUUUGCAGCUUUCAUGAAAAUAUAACACAUUUUGAAUUUUUUUUGGGGGGGGGAAUACAUAUUUUCGAAUGCUGGAGAAAGUUUUAUGAGAAUUCAAGAAUGAGCUGUUCAUCUGUUGCAUUGUUCAUUUGGAAACAAUAAAAGUUAUAGAGACACCCCGUAACUGCCAUCUGGAUGCCAGAUACACUGCAUCAUAUAUACACAAUCACAAGGACCAUCAGGCACUAGAGAGAAGCAUACAUUUGUUUCCAUAAUUCUGUACUCUGCACAAAUUUUCUUUCCUGGAACUGUACGUGGGACUUUUUUUUUUCUAUGCCCCUCUCUAUUUGAAUGCAAAACUGAGUUCUAUAUAGUAGUAAAAAAAUUGUUGAUAUUUGUGCAUCUCUUGUAGAUUAAAGCCAAGAAAGGCAAGGUCACUGGGAAGAGACGUGCCAAAGCACGAGGUCUGAGUUUGGGAGGGAAAGGUUCGGGUCUUGGCUCCCGUCUGCUGUUACCACCAUCUGGAGGAAACAAGCGAGUGAGGCUUAGACUUACUGAACUGGCGCCUUCAUCAUCUGCUGCAGAGUCACUGAUUUGUGUGGGAUGUACCUUUUGCAUUAUGUACAUCAUGGUGCCUGUCAGCGACCCCAAAUGCCAUAUAUGCAACAGUGCUGAUUGCUUGAUUAAUAUCCCAAACCCCAACCCCAACCCAGCCAAGAAAGCUAGGAAGAACUGAGUUUCUCGUUCAGACAUUGUCUUGGUCAGACAUUAUGGUUUGGGUUUAAGUUUCUUGUUCCAACAUUAUGGUUUCAAGUGUCUUGUUCGAAGGGCUUAUGGUUUGCCUGUUCGAUUUCCUGUCACGAAGUUUUGAAGCGUGUGCUUUUUAGUUGUUGGUCAUUGUCCUAGUCACAGUUGUUUUCGCUUGUUUAGUUGUCGUUGUUGUCGUCAUUAUCAUCGUCGUGGUGUUAAUGGAACUUUGCAGAAAAUUUGCUUA